AUGUCUGACUCUCUCAACGCCAAUCGGGAGCACUUCAAUAAAAUUGCUGCCGACUACGACAAGAGAUACGAGAAGGGCGUUGGCCAACUUGAGGAUGAAAUCAAGGCCUCUGCCGAGUUCAUUGGCUUGAAGCAGGGUGGGCGCGUGCUUGACUAUGCUUGCGGCACGGGUUUACUAUCAAGGGCAUUCGCCCCCCGAGCUAGCCAGUGCAUCGGCAUCGACCUAGCGGAGAGCAUGGUUGAGGCGUAUAACGCCAAGGCCAAGAGCGAGGGAACCUUCCCGGACAAGAAGGAGGCAUAUCUAGGAAACAUCACGCUCCCUGAUGACCCGUCGCCCGAAGCGUUUUCCGACCCCAAGUUCUACAACUUUGAUCUUGCGGGCGUUGGCGCUGGCUUCCACCACUUUGAUGACACGACUCUGUCUGCGAAACGUCUCUCUGAGCGCUUGAAGACCGGCGGUGUCCUGUUCAUCCUAGACUUUCUACCCCAUGCGCCCGAGGCAACUGGGGCGUUUGGGGUGACGCACAAUGGGUUCACGGAGGACAAUGUGCGGAAGAUGUUUGAGGACGCAGGCUGCGGGGGAGACUUUGCGUUCAAGAAGCUCAAGGAGCCGAUUGUACUCUGGGCAGGGGAGAAGGCUGAUCGGAGGAUGGAGAGGAAUGUGUUUUUGGCCAGGGGGACUAAGUUGUAA